AUGACACUAAUCGUGCCAGCAUGGACACAAGAAUGGCAACCUCUUCUCAAGAAGUUGUACACCCAUAUUAACACCAAUGGAAAUCAAAUUCGUAUUGGCACAAACUGUCAUGUGAUCUCUACUGAAGAUUUAUUACUACGUGUCGAACGUAUCGCGGAACAACUGUAUUCGUGUCAAUAUGUUGACAUUGUGCCGCAGGACGUUCAGAUACAAACGCAAGCUCUUGCAGUCAAGUUUUGCUUCCAUUCAUUGGAAGAUCGAGGUAAUACAUUGUUGACAUUGGCAUCAAAAUGCGAGUACCAAGUGCUGAAACUUCUGUUGGAGUUGGCAACGUCUCCAACGACUGCAACAGACGCAGAAGUAGCGAUGGAUCAGGAAUUAUACAGGACAUGGAAGACGGGGAUAGAGCAAGAGAAAAUAAGGGAGCUAGAAGAAAAAGUGAUCAAGGAGAAACUUGUUGAUGAUUUAUUGCAGAUCGUUACUAGAGAUGACUGGUCUGAAGCCUGGGAUGAUAGUGAUGAGGACGAAAGUGAAUGGGAUAUAAACAGCAAUGAUGAAACGACAGUGGAAAAUGAAUGUCAAACUGCCACCUGUCAACUUAAUCACACGAGAUCAAGUGAAAAUAUGGAGGAAGAAAGCAUAGAAGAACAGAAAGUCGUGGUGGCUACGUCCAUGGACUUUCGGAUGGACAAUGUGCUGGGUAAGUGUGAGACGAAGAGUGCAGAGCAGACUGCAUGCCGACUAGAAACGAGAAGAAAACAAAAACAAGACGAGGUGAAAGAAAUGACAAUGGAAGAUGAACUUCUGUGCCGCUAUUGUCCGAAAGUUACGUUGCAGGAUGAGCAGGAUAGGGUAAAUGAUUCAGCGUGCACGUUGGACGUGAGACUGCUGGUGCCGUUUACAUUGGAACGGCCGUGGCUAAUGUGUAACGCAGUGGCAAAAUGCGAUGAGAUUGAUUCUCGUCGAAUAAUUUGCGAGAAAACUGUGGUGAGGAUGGUGUUUGAGGCGUUAAAUGGAGCUGACUCGCUUUUGUUUGAAUUUCACCCGGUCAUACCGAAACGUCCGAUGUUCAGUGUUAACUUUCAGACCAAAGUAGCUGCAAGACGAUCGUUAAAUGUAGCGGUUGGACAUCUUUCCCCCACGGCAUUCGAUCAUGUAAUAGGUGAAUUUGCACAAGGAGCGUCAGAACUGCAGUUAGUUCGCAAUCUGCUGGAGUUUAUACGUCAAGCACGAGGCUCAGAUAACCACUACCGAUGUGUGACCUUGGAAGGCCUAGCCAAUUCAUUGUCGGUAAUUAUGAGAAAGUUGACUGGAAAUAUACGCAUGGUAGAGCAGCAAACUAUUGGCACAGUCAGCGAACAGGAGGGCCCGUGGUCAAGCGCUUAUAUGCGACAGCCAACUUUGCUUGGGAUUUAUGGAGGCCUCAAGGACAUUUUAAAGAUGGUGUCAUGGUUAAAGUGGGUGUUGAUGGAAUCCUUUAGAGCAUUAUCCGAUCGACAAUGGCACGAGGUGAGGGGCGCUGAGCAAGCCAAGAGCGUACUGGAUUCACUGUAUCGAAUGACAGAGGUGGAACACGUCAAAGGUGUGGGGGCCAAUGCAAAUAUAAGCGUUGCGGGUGGAUUAUCACGGUCUGAUGUGCUGUUAAAUCUAUUUAUUGGGGCGCUGAAUCCGUAUUUGGUUCUGAUCAAUCGAAUGGUGUUUGAAAUUGGGCAUUUUGAGACAAUUCCUCUUGACGAAGAGUUGUUUUUCACCACGUCGGCAUCACUGAACGUUGAUACGUUGUCAACACGCUCACGAUACCAAAGCAUUCGCGAUGAUUUAUUGUUGUUAGCUCCGUUUGAAGUAGACCAAUCGCUCGUUCCAACCUUUCUUGAAUCGAAGAUUGACUUGAUGAAUAGAGCAUUAGCAAGCCGACAAAUUAAGAACUGCUUUUUGCGACAGCAGCAGUGGUCAACAGAAGAAAUCUUGACGAAGCCUGAGCAGUCUCGGUCGUCGUUGUGCGAAUUGCUGACAGCUGAACUCGAGACGAUGGGGUGCAGACGUAACGGCGAGAUUUGGUCGAUGAAUUUAGUACUUGGUAAUGGCGACACCCUAAGGCCUUUACGUCAAGAAGUGCUGGAGUAUGUACCAUUUAGCAAGCUUUUGGAACGCUGUUUCACAAACCACCUCGAGACAAAGUGUCGUGAGCUUAACAGAGAAAUCACUGACAUCUUUCGUGACAAAAUGAACUAUAUGGAUCACGUGGAAGCACUUCGGAUGUUUGUGCUUAUGGAGCAGCAAGACGUCUAUAAUGUAUUCUCAGAGAAGCUAGUGACUCACAUGGAAGAGAACCCUAUUGCAUGGGCUGACAGUGAAGCUCUGAACUCAUUUCAUCAGAGCGCAAUCCAAGGCGUUUUUGAGAAUAGCUUGCUAUCAUCUUCGCAGCGGCAAAUCGGUGGUCGGUUGUGCGUUUGUGUUGACUUCGACCUGAUAGAUAGUACUCCCUGUGGCACAAGGAUCGAUAUUGCGACGAUGAGGUGCAUGUACUUCACCUUUUCUGCGGAGCCGCCACUUCGUAUUCUUUUUAGCACAUCGAUUAUGCAGAAAUACUCAAGGCUUGGAGUGUUUCUGUUCAAGUCAACACUUCGGCAUCGUCAGUGUUACACAGUAAUCGAAUGGAGCAUGCGGCAUGUACUCCUUCAUGUUGCAGAUAUGCUGCAUUACACAAAGAAUUUGCUUAGCUAUCUUACAAGUCAGAUAUCAAGAGAACGAUGGUCCAAGUAUCGUCAGAUCCUGCAAUCGUCACGAAGCUUGGCAGAAAUGGAUGCUACGCACGAGGAGUACUUGGACCACCUACUUAGCCGCUUCUUUCUGCUGAGCAAGCACGCGGCUGUGACUCAGCGUAUCCUGACGACCUUCAACCACAUCUUGCGCUAUAUUAGUCACGUUGAUGAGUUUGUCAGUGUAGUAGACCGGAAUACACAGGCGAGUUUUCCCGAGUACUGGAACGACAAUGAGAUGGAACAAGAUGUUGUGAAAUGCACUUGCAGUGUGCCAAGUGUCCUGUUGCUAGGACAUCCUGAGUUUUGCGUCCUUCGCUCUGAAAUGGCAAGAAACUUAAAGCAGUUUCAGCGGCAAUCGCAUUUCUUAGUAAUUGUGCUGACAUCCAUGCAGAAGCAUGGAGCGUCUCCUCACGUGAACGAAAUUUUGACCCAGCUCAACUACAAUUACUUUUACCACCAUCAAGAUCAUCAACCCUAA